AUGCACUCUUUCGGAAAUGAAGAAGCAGUGUCUUUGGAGCAGCUCUUUGGGUUCUUCUGCGAGUGUGUACGGCAUGGAGACUGGGAGCUUGCGCAGGCCUGUGUGCCCCAGCUGAGCCAGUGGCACGGGGAUGGUCCUGAGAAGGUGGAAGCAAUUCUUCAGGCUCUGGUAGCUUGUCCCAUGGGAGUAAGAUGGGAACAGAAUUCUAGCCCAUGGAGAACUGCAUGGCUUUGGCUUCUUGUGCUGGAAAAAUGGCUUGCCAGGAAUCAGAAAACUGUUCCAGUUUUUCUUCAGAGAGAAACUGAAUUUUUAUUGUUCUUGGAAGAACUACAGGAAGAUGUCUCUGAGGAAGUCCUAAAGGAACUGUUUGAAGCAUUUGAGUACACCCAGAACAAGCACAUCACAGAUGGGAGAAGAAGAGAUGACUGUUCUCACAGAUUCAGUUUGGAUGUUGUUUCAGCUCUCCGGAAGCUUUUGCUGAGGGCUCCCCAGAGGGCAAAAGCCCUGCUGGAGUUCUUUCAGGAGGAAGGAGGCACACACAGCUCCUCCCUCCAGCAAUAUUACUCACUGCAAAACGUCUUUGUCGAAUUUCUUCAUGACUCCUUGAAAUCUCUGCAGAGGCUCCAGUGCAGUUCUGAAAUGUCAGCAGAAUUAGAUCAAAGAGAACUAGUAGAUACAAUUUAUGCUGCUCUUAGCAUAGUGACUUUUGAUGUGGAGCAACAGGCAGAUGAGACACGACACCUUUUCAUGGAGCUCUUGGAUGUAUGCUGGGCUGAGGGAAGCCCGCUGAGGGAGGAGAAGCUACUAAGCUGUAUGCUGAGGAAACAGAGCCAUGGCCUGUUAAGCCUGUAUAGCAGUGUUCUCAUAGAAAGAACAAGAGAAAAAUUUUUGGUGUCAAAAUCAAUGGAAAAAGGUUCAUCUGAGCAGCUGGAUACAGAGCGAGCCAUGAUGAGUUUGUUCUCAGAUCCCAAAGAGACUUCUUGGAAGACAGCCUAUUUCUACUGCUUGAGCAGCAGCAAGCACUUUCUGGAACAGAUUCUGGUGACUGCAUUAACUUUGCUGAAGAGAGAAGACUACUCAGGCCUGAACAGCUUAUUGAGGAGAGAAUUCAACCCCCUUAGUCGCCUCUUGGUAUUGCUAGGAUGGACACAUUGUCAAAGCGUGGAAUCUGCAAAAGCAUUGCUGUGGACUCUUCACAAAACACGGGAUCUGUGCAAUGAUUUGGUACUGAAAGACUUCUGUGAUGGGCUGUGGGCCCAGGUGGAAGUUCUUGAAUGGUGCAUACAGCAAAACAGUAUUACUAUCCCAAGGAAGGUUCUUUUGCAACACUUGCACAGUCUGGAUUGCCACACUGCAGUGUACUCUCUUCAUCAUCUCUCUAAUCUUCUGGCACUGAAUGAAGACGAUGUUAUUGAGCUGCUUCAAAAAGUUCCGGCUAGAGACCACCAGAUGCAGGUGGCAACAUUCCCUAGCACCCUGAGUCAGCAGCGCAAUCUGGCACUCUUUCGAGCAUUUUGUGCCAUGAAGUAUGCUGUUUAUGCUCUCUGUGUGAAUUCACAUAAGCAUUCCAAGUGCAAAGAUUGUGUACGCAGCCAUCUUGGUGAUAUCCCUGAGGAUGAAACUUCUGGAGAACCAGCAGAUUGCUCUUCAGUAUUUCCCCAGUACCUUGCAAAGUGUCAGCAGUUCUUAAGGAGCAUUCCUGCUCCUCUGCGCCUGGAGGUUUUGGAGAACAUCUUCUCCUUGCUUUUUGUUUCCUACAGCGACCUUCACACUGAGACUCUUUUACCUGAGGACUAUGCAGAAGAUGAUGAUCUUGAGAAAAAGAGUACUACUGUGAGUGUAGAAGGCAAUGUUAGUCGGCAUUCUUCCACCUCAGAAAGUCCACAGCGCCUAAUAGAGGCUGAAAAGAAAUCAGAGAGGCAAGUUCUGGCUGCUCAGACAGUUCACAUGGACCUCCAAGAUCUUCAUGACUUGACGUUAGGUGGCCAAAGCUGUGAAACCUCUAGGCUGAACUACCUGGAUCUGAAACACUUCACAAGUGGUGUAACUGGAUUUUUAGCGGAUGAUGUGGCCAUGGAUGCUUUCCUCACGUUGCUUCUCAACCAUCUGGAAGAAAUUCAGAGUUCUCUCCCAUGGGACUCUAGUAAUGUACUUCGUGAAGACCUGGAGCUUGUAGAGUGCCUGAAUCUUUCUGCAAACAGAGAUAGUUUUGGAAGUCGCGUGUUACAGUUUUCCAAAUAUCUUUCUGAAGCUCACUGGCGAUACAAGGUGGUGAUGAGUAACAGAAGUGCAGAACAUCAGCUUGCAAGUUCCAGGAGAUACUGCUCUUUAACCAGGUGUUCCAGCUUUAAGAAACGAAGUAGAUCUCAAAGGUAUAAGGCAGAUGGGAAAGAGGGAACUUCCAGCCCAUCAUUAGAAAGUACAAGUAGUGAGCUAAGCACCAGUACUUCAGAGGGAAGCACCAGUAAUGUGUCUGGCUUGAGUGAUUUGGAAAGCAGGGUGAGACGACAGCAGCAAAACCCCCUCAUUCCUAUGAUGCUUUCCCCACCAGAAUCACUGUUAGUGUCUUGUGUUUUGAGAGGAAAUUUCGUAGAAGCCCAUCAGGUGGCUUUGAUGUUUAAUCUGGAUACUUCACCUUGCUACGGUGAAUUGGUCUUCAUGGAGCGCUACCAAGAGGCGGUACAAGAAAUGGCAAGAGUGGAGCACAAUAUUGAGAAUCAAGCAUCAGAUGGCACUGGAGGCAUCAGGAAAUCUGGCAGUGGCCGUUCGACACUGCAAGCUAUUGGGAAUGCAGCAGCAGCUGGUAUGGUAUUUUAUUCGAUCUCGGAUGUUACUGAUAAAUUGCUUGCAACUUCUGGAAGUCUUGCCCCUACUCUCCAAGAAAAUUUCUGGAUCAAAAAUAUCCAGCUGGAGCAUACUGAUCCUCUGUGGGAAGUGCUGGAAGACCUCAGUCCUUCAGCAAUGGCAGCAUUUGACCUGGCUUGUACUCAGUGCCGUCUUUGGAAGACAUGCAAACAGCUUUUGGAAACAGCAGAAAGAAGACUGUACAACAGCCUUGAAACUCGGGGCCACCAUCCUGACUUUGUUUCACUGUGCUCUGAAGGUGUAAAGGGUUUCCCAGCAGUUCUCCAGCAAAUAAGUAAAAUUCUCAACUAUUCCUGCACAUCUCAAGGACAAUCCAAGCCAGAGGUCUCAGAUGAGAAAAUAGGGAGUCAUUUUCGAUGCAGUAUUGUAAACCUUCUGCAAGCUUGCUACCCUGCCUUGACUGAAGAAAGUAUUACUACUGAAAUUGUUUUAUCACAAAAUCUGGAUCAAAUCCUAAAAGCACUGACACAUGUUGAACGUUCUGUGGACUCUAAAGGCAGCCUGCUUAGCAACUUGGUGGAGCAGGCCUCUCUCAAACCUGCAGAGCUGGAGAAGCACCUCGUUUGGAAUCAGUCACAGCUCCUGCUGCGAACUCUUGACCAACAUGUCCAAAUGACGCCAGAGAGCAACACUCAGACAAACUUUGUGAAGGCUUUCUUUGACUACAUCACGAGACUGGCUGCUGUUGUAUUACAAAGCCUGAAUACAGAGCUAGAUACAUCUGCAGAAGUGAAAGUGGGGAACCCUUUCAUACUGUUACAGCAGAGUCCAGCUCAGCUGGUCUCUCAGCUUGUGUUUGAGAAACAGGUUCAUCCUGACAGGGUUUCCUCUCUCUUGGCUGAAAAAGAGUUGAACUUGAAUGUGCAGCAAGUUAUUGUUAACUGUUGCUGUGAACCACUGUCAUUGUGCAAUGCAAGGCAAAACAGCCAGGUGAAGUCUGUUCUGACAAACAUCAACAACUUAGCACACCAGUGUGCCUGCCACUGCCUGCCAGAUGUUGAAAUACCUAUUCUCAAUUCUGCAGUGACCUCUGAGGAUAUCUCCACGCAGGCCUCAUCUCCUGUAAAUGAGUUGAGCCAGCAUACACUCACUGCCUCCUCCCUAGACUUCCUAAAGUCUCAGUCAAAGCUGAUGGCCACAGUGGCAUGUCUGAGUGCAUCUAAUAUACAGAAAAUUCCCAAAUCAAGUUUAUCUUGGAUGGAAUUUCGGGGCAAACGGGAGGUGCCUUUAGGUUUGGAGCAGAUUUCCAGGGAGUGUGAGACAUUGUUGAAGGAGUUUCCAAUAUUGGAACAAUUUCUUCUUACUAUGUUUGAGCCACUUCAGAAUCGGCAAGAGGAAGGUAGCAGUUUGGCUACUGUCUUCUCUGGCAAGACAUACAUAUCUCUGGUUCUCCUAGGAUUGCAUUCCACCACAGCUGUUAAGGUAUUAAUGGGAGUCUUUCAACAAGCUCUUGCUGCUAAGAAUUGGGACAGAGCUCUGAAGGUCUUAGAUCUGUACAGUCAGGACAUGGAGGAGCUGGUCAAUGUGAAGGAUGCUGUGCUGAGCUGUGCAACUGCUGAAGAUAAGGAUGGUUGGCAAUACUUGUUCCCAGUAAAAAAUGCAACACUGAGAAGUAGGUUGGCCCUGCGCUGUCUGGACAAAUGGCCCCUUGAUGCCUGUUUGGAAAUCCUAGCUUACUGCAUUUCUGAUUGGGGCAUAGCUGAUGAACUGAAAGCCAGUCUACAGAGCAGGAAGAAAGAACUUCAGGUUUAUCAAAAGAUUCUGAAUGUGCAAAAUGAACCAUUGUGGAAUGACUGGCAAGAGCUGAAAAAAGCCUGCACUGAUGACCGCCAGGCCGUCAUGAAUAUCAUUCUAAAGGCAAAGGAUUAUGAGUUGUGUGAGGAAUGGGCACACUUGUAUCCUGUCCCAAGAGAAGACUUGAUCAGCCUUCACCGUGAGCAUCUUCUUCACUUACUGGAGAUGGGAGACAUGGAAAAAGCAUUGCAGCUUUUACAAAGAAUUGAAGACCCUGGCAUUUGCCUUGCCAUCAGUGAACAGUCCCUUGACCAGCAUGAGAACUUGGCAGCCUCUCACUUCUUGGCUGAUUACCUCACAGCUCACUUCUAUGCAAAUCUGACAGCAGCACGCCGUAAUGAAAUCCAGGCGCUCUAUAUGGGAUCAAAGGUGCUGCUGACUCUGCCUGAGCUUUCCCGUGUUAACUACUUCCACCUCUCCUCCAGGCCGCUGCUCAUGCUGGAACAGCUCCUCAUGAAUAUGAAGGUGGACUGGGUAGCUGUUGCUGUGCAGACACUGCACCAGCUCUUAGCUGGACAGGAAAUUGGUUUUACUGUAGAAGACAUUGACAAUUUGCUCUCCAAGUAUGCAGAAAAAGCUCUCAACUUCCCUUUUGCAUUAAAAGAGAUCAGAUCAAAUUCUCUGAUACGUAUCCAGGAAAGUCUCAAUCAGAUAUUGGAGUCUGAAACAACAUCUAAAUCGGGAUCAUCAGAACUAUCCCCUGUCAGCUUUACUGGUGUCACCAUAUCUGCAAGUCCCAGAGACAGAAUUCUGCAGCAGAAUUUGUGCCCUCAAGAAUUUGUGCCUCCUGAGAAGCCGCCACCAAAGCAGCAGUGGAUACCUGAUGACACCGAAAUGAUAUGUAUGGUUUGCAAAACUGAACGUUUCACUAUGUUUAACAGGCGCCAUCACUGCAGGCGCUGUGGCAGGCUGGUGUGCAGCUCUUGCUCCACCAAGAAAAUGACAGUAGAAGCUUGCAGAGAAAAUCUGUCUCGUGUAUGCGAUCAGUGCUACAGCUACUACAACAGAGAACAUCUGCCUGGCUUGGUAAAAGACACAACCAUCAGAGAAGAGGAUCAGGACCAAGUGGAAGAAACUUCUAAUAAUGAUUAUUUCACAGUGGUGCGAAUACCCAAAGCAACUGAGCUUGAAUGGAUUUUUUCCCUGAAUGAAGAGGAGAAUGAAAUUGUACGCAGUGAAUUUUAUUAUGAACAGGCUCCCAGCUCUUCCUUGUGUAUUGCCAUCCUUAGCCUGCACAGUGACAGCAUAGUCUGUGGACACCAGCUGAUAGACUACUGCUGCAAGUUGUCCCAAGGGCUCACUAAUCCGGAGGUGGAUGCUGGUCUGCUUAUGGACAUCAUGAAGCAAUUGCUUUUCAGUGCCAAAAUGAUGUUUGUAAAAGCUGGAAGGAGCCAGGACCUAGCUCUCUGUGACAGCUACAUCAGCAAAGUGGAUGUGUUGAAUAUUUUGGUUGCUGCUGCCUACCAUCCAAUACCAUCUUUGGAUCAGAUUCUUCUCCCUGCAGCAGUAACAAGGUUAAGAAAUCAGCUUCUGGAAGCAGAGUACUAUCAACUAGCUAUAGAGGUUUCUACAAAAUCUGGGUUGGAUCCAGGUGGAGCAUGGCAUGCUUGGGGCAUGGCUUGCCUUAAAGCUGGAAAUUUAAGUUCAGCCAGAGAGAAGUUUAACCGGUGUUUAAAACCACCUAUGGAUCUAAACCAGCUGAACCAUGGUUCAAGGCUGGUCCAGGAUGUGAUACAGUACCUGGAGUCCACAGUGAAGCCCAUACUCAUUGCGGAUGAUGAUUACUUUGCCACGUUGAGGGAACUUGAAGCAACACUGAGAACGAGAAGUCUGUCUCUGGAGAUGAUGUGUGAGGGGAAGAUUCAGCACAACAGCUACUAUCAAGAGUGCUUGUUCUAUUUACACAGUUAUGGCACUAAUCUGGCGAUAAUAAGCUUCUACAUGAGGCAUGACUGUAUGAGAGAAGCACUGCUUCACUUGUUAAAUAAGGAAUCCCCAUCAGAAGUGUUCAUUGAAGGGAUCUUCAUUCCAAGUUAUGAAAGUGGAAAACUGCAUAUGCUGGAGAACUUGCUGGAAACCAUUGAUCCAGGACUGGAGAGCUGGGGAGUCUACUUGAUUGCAGCCUGCAAAUACUUGCAGAGGAAGAACUAUUACCAUAUUCUGUAUGAGCUGCAACAGUUCAUGAAGGAUCACGUUCGUGCUGCCAUGACCUGCAUUAGAUUUUUCACUCAUGGAGCAAAGUCUUACACUGAACUGGGAGGCAAACAGACAUGGCUUCUAAAGAUCAAGGACCAUCUCAAAGUCUAUCUGCAGGAGGUCUCAAGAAAUUCAGGAAGGAAAAAAAUGGCAUUCACUUUUCGGAAGAAAAUGUCUGCUACAGAUGUGUCAAGGCACAUCAAUACAGUUGAUCUGCAGAUGGAAGUAACAAAGUUCCUGCAUCGAUGUGAGAGCUCAGGAACCUCUCAAAUGACAGGUUCCUCCUUGCCCACACUCUUUGGAAACAAUAACAUGAAAAUGGAUGUUGCUUGCAAGGUCAUGUUGGAAGGCAAAAACAUUGAGGAAGGUUUUGGGAUUGCAUUUAGAGUCCUUCAGGACUUCCAGUUGGAGGCUACAGAAGUGUACAGCAAAGUGGCCAAGCAGCUGGUGAAGCAGCAGAAGUACAGUGAGAUCCGGCAGCUCCUCAAGUGUGUCAAUGAAUCUGGAGUUGCAGCAAAAAACGAUGGGGACAACAUUAUCCUAAACUGUCUAAAUGAAUGCAAGAGCAUUCCGGCUGAGGAUCUUGAUAAUCUGAUUCAGGAUAUGGACAGUGAUGAAAACAAGAUCCAGGCCUAUGUGAUGUGCAACAAGUUGCGUUCUGCCUACCUCGUCUCGGUGAGGCAGGAAAAGACCAGAGCAGUGCAGUUAGUGCAACAUGUGCGACAGCUGGCUGAGAGCAGCAGAGAUGACGUUGUGAAGGCCAUCUGUACCCAGUGGCUCCUGGCACACCAGCCCAAAACCAGAAAUCGGCUUCCCCAGGGCACUAGGAAAUAA